AUGGAAAUUAUUAAGAGACUGCAACACUUACCAACAUCAUCAGCAGGGGUACCUGUAUCAUCACCACAGAAAGUAUCUCCAGGAAUGACUAAUGCAGAAUCAGAUACAGUAACAGAAAAUGCAGCAGAAGUACCUAAAGCUGCAAUACUAACAGCAGUAGAAUUGACAGCAGCAUCAGAAGAACCACCAUCAGUGACAGCAGAAGUAGCUCCUCUAGCAACAACACCAUCUCCUUCACUACCAGCAGCAGCAGAAGAAACACCAUCAGCAACGGCAGAAGCAGCUCCUCCAGCAGUAGAACCAGUUACUAUAGCAGCAGCACCAUCUCCCACACCAGCAGUAGCAGAACCAACUGCUUUACCAAUUGCACACUCAAGCACCACCAAACAAUUGCCCUGGUUCCUGGACAUGUUGAACUUCUUCCACCGCAACCUGCCACCCUCAACUGAGCAACAAGAGCCAUUAACUGCAGUCCUCUUUGGCCCAAUGAGUAAAGGCAACUCAGUCAUAACAGGGGCUGAUGGUAUGAGCUUGGCAUUUGAAGCAGCCAAGAAGAGCAUCACAAACACUGCACUGUUCAUGUACACCAACCCAAAUGCAUCCUUGCCACGGGUAGUUGAUGCUAGUCAAUUGGUUACUGGCAUGGUGUUACAGCAACAGUGUGGUGAUGUGUGA